GUAGGGACAGGGGGGAUUGUGGAUCAUGAAGAGGCAGCUAUUCAGGUGAGGAGCAGGUUCACUUCAUGCUCGCAGACCACCCCUCCUCACUCGCUUCAUAAUAUACUGGAGAAGAAGUUGUUUAUGGUCUCACACACACCCGUCACUCUUCCUCUGGAGCUAUUCCGAGAAGACACCGAAGAAGACACACUUCAGUUGGACUGGCAGGCCUGUGGAGGGGGAGAGCUGGGAGCGGCUGCACUUCUUUUUUAACAGGAAAGACAUAUAGAGGACAACCGGCUUCAGGGGACGGGUUCACAGAAUACUUCAAAAGGCUGCUGAGGUUUGGGAUCGGACUUUAUCAUGGAUGUUCUCGCCUUAGAAGCAAAGAAUGUGACGACGACAGAGACCGAGAAGAAAUCCACACCGAGGCCAAAACCGAAACCCUCCAAAAAGGCCAAAAGGACAGUUUACUUUGAGGUGGAGAUCGUGGACUUGAAGACCAAGGAGAAACUCUUACUGCUGGAUAAGGUGGAGCCAACUGCCACUAUCUUGGAUAUUAAAGCUUUGUUCCACAAAUCGUAUCCAAAGUGGUAUCCAGCCAGACAAUCUCUGCGUCUGGAUCCAAAGGCCAAGUGUCUCAGGGAUGAGGAUGUUCUGCAGACACUUCCUGUGGGAACCACCGCCAGCUUUUACUUCAGUGACCUAGGACCCCAGCUCACAUGGGGAACUGUGUUCCUGACAGAGUGCGCAGGUCCACUGAUCAUCUAUUUAAUGUUCUACUUCCGUCUCCCCUUCAUCUACUCUCCAAAAUAUGACUUCACCAGCAGCAAGCUGUGGGUCGUACACCUGGCCUCCAUGUGUCACUCCCUCCACUACGUCAAAAGGAUUUUGGAGACGCUGUUCGUCCAUCGUAUCUCCCAUGGGACCAUGCCUCUCAGAAACAUAUUCAAGAACUGUGGCUAUUACUGGUGCACUGCAGCUUGGAUGGCGUACUACAUUAACCACCCUCUCUACACCCCUCCCUAUUAUGGGCCGCAGCAGGUGAAUACAGGACUUUAUAUUUUCUUGGUCUGUCAACUGGGGAAUCUGUCCAUCCACGUUGCACUACGUAACCUAAAAACUACAGGAUCAAAAUCUAAGAAGAUUCCUUACCCAACGAAAAAUCCAUUCACGUGGAUUUUUUGGCUCGUUUCUUGUCCGAAUUACACGUACGAGCUGGGCUCCUGGAUCGGCUUCACAGUGAUGACCCAGUGUGUGCCUGUGGCUUUCUUCACUCUCGUGGCCUUCAUCCAGAUGACCGUGUGGGCCAAAGGCAAACACCGCGGCUACUUGAAGGAGUUCAGAGAUUAUCCAACCCUGCGCUCGUCCAUACUCCCAUUCAUCCUGUAGAGCCGGAGAAAACAAUGGUCGCCACACCCCCCCCAGCUCCUCCCUGACUGGGUCCUUUUUGAGGGCCCCUCCAUCCAUGUGGAUGUCAGACUGUGUGUCCUGAGGUGAUCACAUGAACUCAUUGAAACAUGUCCAUCCAUUGUGAGGAGUGGCAGUUACAGACUGGUGAAUGCAGGACUGUUACUGGCAAAGGAAGGAAA